CUGACUUCUUGCCCUUCAGACUACGUCAGUCAGGUGACCUAACCUUAAUAUAACGAUUUCUAACCUACAAAUAAUCUCUAUGAAAUGGAACCGCCCAAUCCACCAAUUAACGCUCCGAUUGUGGAAACUCCAAAAGAAUUAAUUGGUUGUCAAAAGAAUCUCAAACAAGAAGAAGAGUUCAUCUUGAAAUUAAUAUCAAACAUUGAUUCUCAAAUACAUGCUCUUCAGGUAGAACAACUUCACAUCCUUAAUUCCUUAAAUGCAAGCAAGAGUCCGCCGAUGGCUCGGAAAGCAGAACCCAUUACACAAAAAUCAAAUGAUUUUACAGAUAUGUUAAAUCAAGCUCUUAAUCUUGACAUUCCAUCAUUGACAUCACACUUUAGUGAAGAAGAAGAAGAAGAUGAUUAAGCUUAUAGAUACUUUAACAAAAUAUAUUAAUACAAUUUUUUAUUAAUGCUUAAUGGUAUAACGAAAGAAGCCAUGUACAACGUGCCAAAAAGAUCUUGUGAUUUUUUUGUAAUAUAACACGAUUUAUAAUUUCAAGUUGUUUAUCUUUAUGAUGUAUAUAUAUGAUUUAAUUUAAUGUUUCAAUGAACAGGUAAUGAAAAAUAAACGAUACUCUAAUUACAAAUUAA